UUUAAAUCUGUGCCAAGAACAGGUGAGGAUACAGUUAUAUAAUAUUUGUCGUCUCUAUCUUUAUUUACCUAGUUCCUUCUCUUCAUACCGCUCAACAAUGGUAUCAACCAACUCCAACAUCCUCGUCCUUGGUGCCGGCGAGCUGGGAACAUCCAUCCUGACCUCUCUCUCCGCCCUCGCCCCUCCUUCUACAAAAAUAACAGUCCUCCUCCGUUCCUCAAAAGUAAACACCACCUCACCAUCCAAGCUCGCUGAACUCUCUGCCCUCAAGGCACUCAACAUCUCCUUCGUAGCAGGCGACAUCGCCACCUCCUCCGUCUUCCAACUCUCUUCCCUCUUCGCCCCAUACGAUACAAUCAUCUCCUGUCUCGGCUUCGCCUCCGGUCCAGGCUCACAAAUUAAGAUAACAAACGCCGUCUUAGAAGCAAAAGUCAAGCGCUUCUUCCCCUGGCAAUUCGGGGUUGAUUACGAGGCCAUUGGUCGAGGCAGUGCACAGGAUUUAUGGGAUGAGCAACUCGAUGUCAGAGAACUCUUGAAAGCGCAAGAUAUCACGGAAUGGGUUAUUGUUUCCACCGGUCUCUUCAUGAGUUUCUUGUUUGAGUCGUUUUUUGGGGUCGUCGAAUUGAGUGGCGAAGAGGGCGUGGUGAGAGCAUUAGGUAGCUGGGAGAACAGAGUCACGGUUACGACGCCCGAUGAUAUUGGGAGGUUGACGGCUAUGAUUGUUUUCGAGGAGAAGGAGAGGGUGAAGAAUGAGGUUGUUUUUACGGCGGGGGACACGGUUAGUUACGAGGGGUUGGCGGAUAUUGUGGAGGGGGUGCUUGGGAGGAAGGUUAGAAGGGAGGUUUGGACGGUGGAGAGGUUAGAGAGAGAGUUGAGGGAGGAUAAGGAGAACGCGGUCAGGAAGUAUAGGGUUGCUUUUGCUGUGGGUAAGGGGGUCAGUUGGGAGAGGAAGAGGAGCUGGAAUUGGCAGAGGGGGAUUGAGGUUACUGAUGUCAAGAGCUAUGCUCUCAGCAAUCUCCCACAAGUAGUUAAGGGAACCAUUGCUUGAAGUACCCUGCUCCCUUUCCUGUACGGAAUCUCUCAGCAGGCAAACGAAGAUUGAAGAUGGGGAGGAUCCUCGAAUUUAGAAAGCAGAAGUAGGACAUUAGUUCGAGAUCUUCUACUUUUAAAAUCCACUGCGCAUUCACUCGAGU